AUGCCUCCUAUCGUUCCAGAAGUUGAAAUCUUCCCUGUCCUGAAGGGCAAAGUCGCCAUCAUAACCGGCGCGGCGCAGGGCAUGGGAAAGGCUACCACCGAAGUCUUUCUCAAAGCCGGUGCCAAAGUCGUCAUGUGCGAUAUCAAGGAGAAGGAAGGACAGGAGGUCGCCGCAGAAUUUUCUCAGUUUGGUGACGUCCUGUUCGUCAAAGCCGACAUAUCAAAGUCGGAAGAAGUAAGAAACCUAGUCGAGAAGACUGUAACGAAGUUCGGCCGGCUUGAUGCUGCGAUUAACAACGCCGCUCUGACACCGGACACUACACCGCUUAUCGACUUCGACGAGGAUUAUUGGAGCAAGCUCACAGAUAUCAAUCUAAAGGGCACGGCGCUCUGUUGCAAGUGGGAGAUGCAGCAGAUGAUCAAGCAAGGCGGGAAUGGCACGAUUGUUAACAUUGCUUCCAUCAAUGCCUUCAAGCCACAGCCAACUAUGCCAGCUUACACGGCUGCCAAGCAUGCCUUAAUCGGCCUGACCAAGCAUGCGGCUAUGGAGGGAGGUCCUCAUAACAUCAGGGUCAACGCCAUUGCCCCUGGAGCCAUUUAUACCGAUAUGUCGGCUGCUGCUAUCAAAGCAAUGGAGAUUUCGGAAGAAGAAUUUUCUAAAAAUUUCAGCUUCCUGAAUCGGUUUGCCCUACCUCGGGAAGUCGCACAGGGGUCUCUUUGGCUAACUUCCGAUGCUUCAUCUUACGUUACCGCUCAAACAAUUUCACCCAACAUCCCCCGGGUCCAUGAAGGGAAACUGGCACUCGUCACUGGUUCGGCAAGAAGUAUCGGUGCUGCCAUCGUACGCAAUCUUGCUAGCAAAGGAUGCAACAUCAUCGUGAACCACGCCACAGAAACAUCUGACAAAGCAGCCGCUGAUCUCUGCAGCGAGCUGCAAACUGCUCAUGGCGUGAAAGCUAUCUGGGUCAGGGCCAAUGUCAGCAACAGGGAAGGCUGUGACAAAAUUGUCGAAGCAGCUAAGACUCACUUUACGAACCCCCAGACGGGCAAGCUGCAGCUCGACAUCCUCAUUCAUAAUGCCGCCAUUAGUUUUAUCGGGCCUCUUGAAGACGUAACAGAGGCCGACUUCCACAAGAUCUACUCCGUCAACGUCCUAGGUCCUAUCCUACUAACCCAGGUCUUCGUGCCAUACCUACCCACGGAUAGGUCUGGCCGGAUCGUCAUGAUGUCCAGUAUCAACAGCAAAAUCGGCACCGAGGCCACGACGCUAUAUUCGGGCAGCAAAGGCGCGUUGGAAGCAAUAGCACGGGUUAUGGCCCGCGAGCUGGCGGAGCGUGCCACAGUCAAUACUAUCAACCCUGGCCCCGUCAUGACGGACAUGUACUUAUCUGCGCCGGACGAUAUCAAGCAAACGCUUGCCCGGUGGAAUCCCGUCACACCAUUGGUAUCGGUUCGACCGACAGAUACCCCGGAGGUGCAGGAGCUUGGGAAGAAGUUUGGUGGACGGGCAGCAUAUGAUCAUGAGAUUGCGGGCAUAGUUUCUAUGCUGUGUAGCCCAGAAUCGGGCUGGUGUACAGGUAGUCUGAUCAGUGCUAACGGGGGUCUAGCAUUCUCUCUCUAA